CGCCAUUAUGAUCCGCGUCCGAGGCGUCGGCCACGUCGUGCUCCGCGUGCGGACGAUCCAGCUCGCCGAGAUGCUGCGCUUCUACAUGGACAUCCUCGGCUGUCCGAUCGAGCGCGUCCAAGAGGACAUUGGCCUCUACCAGCUGCGCGCGGGCCGGAACCUCCUCGACUUUGUGCUCGCGGAAGGCAAGCUCGGCCGCGCCAAGGCCAAAGACCCACAGACGCCCGACCACCUCUGCCUCCAAGUCGACUCGUUUGACGCGGCGCACGUCCGGCGAGACCUCAUCCACGCUGGCGUCCGCGUCGGCGACUACGGCGCGCGCUACGACGGCCACGCGUGGAGCCUCUCUAUUUAUGACCCCGAGGGCAACGUGAUCGAGCUCAUGGGCCCUGAGACCAACGCGACCGUCUUGUAGCUAACGUAUAUAUCCUCCUACUCGACCCCACAUCACGUCCACCUCUGGCAUGGGACUGCAGAGCUGGUGCGUCAUCGGCGGCGACGUCCAUGGUCCAUCGCCCACCGCGAGAUCCCUUCGCCGCAGCGCUGUCGCCAGCGCCGCGACUUGCUGCAGCGCACGCCUCUGUGCCCAGCAACCGUGUCUGUGUCGCCAUCGGACCGUGCGUCACAGCAAGCAACGCCUGGUCGGCCGAGUAGCUCCGGUGCGUGCACGGUCAGCUGCUCCAGCCUCUGCUGGACGGCUGGCGGUCAAUGACUGGCGGUGAGGCGCAGCACUCGUACGUGUCGAAUGGAUCGUCGGUG